GUUAAUUUCCCAUUGUGUGAACUUUUAUGAUUUGUACAAACAUGUAGGACUGCGGCACGACACACUCAGACAGCUAAUAUUGUAAAUAUAGCAGACAUCUUGUUGAACACGCACCAAGUAUGGGAGCUAAGAGCAAUGGCUGUGUAUAUGUAUAUUUUCGGUUAUAACCGUAGAGAGGAACAUCUCAUGUACGGUAAUUAGGGGUGAUUACUCAGUAAAGAAGUCUUCGAUGUCAAAGUGGUUAAUAAGAACGUUAAAGGGCGGCUGCUUGCUAGCGUAUGGAUCUCCAGUCAACUUGGCCUGACUACGACACCACCGAACCAACGACCACGCCCACUCCAGAAGAAUUCCCACCUAUCGCAAUAGCAGCAAUCGUGGUCGCUGGUAUCUUUGGCUUCUUGGUACUAAGUGCCAUGGUGCAAGCUGCAAAAUGUGCCCUGGAUAAACGGGUGUCGUCAAGAUCUCAUGUUACCCCAGAAGCUUAUAUCAGUAAAAGAGAGACUGCUGCAGUGAAUGGAGAAAAUACUAGUCAGUCGUACGAUGUUUCAGCCACGCCGUUUUCAGAACAAACGUCUGAGCAUCUUGUUUCUCCACUCUCGUCUGAGUUAGGCGUGUCAGUCACGCCGCAAGGCCCCAACUCUCCACCCUCACCACAAGCUGUAGAACAAGAAACGUUCAGAGAUUCCGUCUUCACAUCCUCUAAACCUAUGGAGAUGUCCUAGUAUCAUUCUAGCCUACAGUCUUCACCGUGGCCUAUCACCAAUGCUGUAGACAGGCGUCUAGGUGUGAUAGAAAUGGUUGUCAUAGGAACGGAAGUCCGGACUCCCCUAUGAGAAGUACAGGUUAGGGUUAGUUGGA